CAUCGGUUAAAAUGAUGGAAUUUAAUGCAUAGUUAUGUUCCAGUUGAGUGUUUGCCCAUUUGAUGCAACGUGCGUUGCCGUUGACGCGCCACGGACACUAGCACUGUAGCAGUAGCAGCGCAAUUAGUUCACACAUCACAGAACACAUUAGCUAAACCAGUCCGAGCAUCCGAGUAAGGUUAUGAGUAGGCCUAUGACUCCUUUUGGAAGGAGUUCCACAUACAUGUACGGACAACACUUGAUGCUCCUGGGCACGAACUAGCGUGGCACGACUCUCUCUCGCUCCAUGGAGCGGGAGUGAGAGUCUGUGCCACGCUUGUGGGGCUAGGCACAAACUAGUAUGAGACUUGUAUGAAAAAAGUCUAGGCAUAGGCAGAGGCAAAGGACUAGAGAGCCAUGGCUGAGCUGCAGGGGGAAAUUGAAGAGGCUGUUAGGGAAGAGAUGGUAUCUCUUACACCCGCCGAGCACCAGCCAGCAGGAACGACCAAGUUUGUCGUGCUGGCAGCAACCAUGGCUGCUCUUGGAGGCAUCUUGUUUGGCUAUGAUAUCGGAAUUGUCUCGGGUGCCUUGCUUCAGCUGAAGACAGACUUUGAGCUGAGCUGCAAACAGCAAGAGAUGGUGGUCAGUCUGCUGCUGGUCGGUGCACUCAUCGGGGCAUUAUCAGGAGGUUUCUUGGUGGAUUGGAUUGGUCGUCGCUGGGCCAUCAUUCUCAACACAAUCAUAUUUAUGACUGGUGCUGUUAUAUUGGCAUUUGCUCCGGUGUAUGAAGUGCUGAUCAUUGGACGCUUGAUUGUAGGGUUUGCAGUCUCACUGUCAGCCAUCGCUGAGUGUGUAUACAUCUCAGAAAUAUCACCAGUGAAAAAGCGCGGUCGGCUGGUCUGUGUGAACGAGGUCGGCAUCACCCUGGGCAUCCUCGUAGCAUAUCUUGUCAAUUACUUCCUCAUCUCAGUUCCAUCAGGAUGGCGGUACAUGUUUGGGCUGUCGGUCGUCCCAGCGCUGGUGCAAGGGGUGGGCAUGCUGUUCCUACCCCCGAGCCCACGCUUCCUGAUGAAGAAGGGGAGAGAGACCCAGGCACGGAUGGUGUUACAGAAACUGAGGGGGACAGAGCUGGUGGAGGGCGAACUGAGCAAUAUCAGGAAUUCACUGCUCACUGAACAUGAAUACAGGGUGUGUGACGUACUUAGCACGGUGGAUAACAUGAGAGGACGAUUUCUCAUCGGUGUUGGCCUUGUGUUCUUUCAACAGUUUACUGGCCAGACUAAUGUGUUGUACUAUGCGCCAACCAUAUUUCAGUCUCUUGGUUUUGGUAAUGAUGCAGCUGCUACCAUGGCAACAGUCGGUCUGGGAUUAGUAAAGGUGGUGUCAACAACUAUAUGUCUGUGCUGUGUCGACAAGGCAGGAAGGCGGCACUUUCUCCUGGUAGGAGCAGGCAUUAUGACGGUUAUCAUCAUUAUUUUAGGCAUUGUUGCUCAGUUUUCACUACCAGAUCAGGCAAAGAGGUCGUGCAUUAUUCCAAACACAGCAGAUGACCAACCAGUUGUCCACCAGAUGACCAUUCCUCAAACGCAAGGCAGUUUAUCCUUCGGCCAGAACACUUCUCCAAGUCUGCUUUCGGACUGGUUGAGUGCUGACGGACCGAGCAGGGUCCAGCGAGAAGUUUUGCAAAGUGAAACUCAUCUAGCAACAGGAAGCCAGUCUGUAGAGGCACCAUUUGCUGGUAAACACACCAGCAUCAAUGGUAUUUAUAAAGCUGGACAUGAAGUAAACCGACGUGAAAGGUGGACCAAAUACUUUGACGAGGAAAGUAGAGACAUUUCAACGGUGCAUCCUUUAACCAGCCUGCCCGAAUAUUUAAAAGCUGUAGAUUCAGUGGAAGGCAGUACCAAUGCAACACACCAUGUGCUUUCAAAAUCAUUUACAAAGGGACCAGAAUAUUCCAAUUUCAAACAACAAUCACCGACCACCAGAAAAGUUCAAGAAUUGAAGCAGGAUGAACUCCAAGCAGUCUCUAAGCACACUGCACAAGAAUUUGAACAAGGAGCAACAUAUCAACUGAAGCUUGCAAAGCUUGGCGUCAGAGAGGCCCAGUCUGUAACACCUGCAUUUUCUAGUACAAAGUCACAGAGCCAUGCAGCGGCCUAUUUCAGGAAGGAAGGGGUGGAGAUUGAUCAACCCAGGGCGAGGGCAGAACGGGAUGUGAACCCAGUCUCUUCUGCAGUCACUGAAAGGCCAACCACAUUCAUAUCUGCAACAGGUAGCAUUCCAGAAGUCACACCAUCUCUCAGCACAACACCAGCAGAUGAGCAGUAUCCAAUAAAAGACACAGUCCCACGUACUGACAACUUGGCCAAAACACCAACUCAAUCACAAGUAAUAGAUGAGAAAGAGGGAGGUCAUCUGCAAAACCUCACUGGAUCAACACCACCUUCAGGAGGGGACCCCAGUGACAUGGACCCAGGUAUCUACACGACUGCCACUAGAGUACAUGGGACAGACACAUCUACUGGACCUUCAGAGACCACACCACCUAAGGCAGAACUAAGCAUUGCACAUAUUGUGGCAUUCGUCUCCCUGACACUGUAUGUAGGAGCGUAUUCGUAUGGCUUUGGGCCAGUUACCUGGCUGGUAUUGAGUGAGAUCUUUCCCGUCGGUAUCCGAGGCCGAGCGAGUUCACUGGCGACCGUGUUCAAUUGGGGUACCAACGUGCUGGUGUCCCUGACCUUCCUGGAUGUGAUGAAUGGCAUUGGUCCCUCCUGGACAUUCUUGCUGUAUGGUCUCAUAUGCAGCCUGGCAUUCAUCUUCAUUUACUGCUCGGUGCCCGAGACCAAGAAUCGAUCCCUGGAGCAGAUUUCAGCUGCACUCAAGAAGAAGUCAAAUCUGACUGGUCUGCCAGGCCAUUGCUGUCUCCGGAGAGUGGGCUUCUGCUGUUCUUGUUGCCAUGGGAACAAGCAUCAUUUGCUCCCUCUGACAGACUCCCACAGCGACACGCAGGGAGCAGAUGAUCCAAUUGGUUUCGUGGACACGGAUAACACACAAAUUUGAUCGGGAUAAAAUGGUCUUAGUUUAGAGUAUUUUCAUAAGAAACGUUUAAGAAAUGUGUAAGCAGGUAUUUUUAUUGUCUUUAUUAUUUUAGUUAUUGCUUUAGAAUUGAUGCCUAUGGGUUUUGUAUGUUUCUUCUCUAUAUUCUUACAUUGUCCGACUCAGACAUUUUGAGGUUGCAGUUGUCAAGAAAGCUUGUGGCUAUGUCAACUGACAAAACAAAAACAAAAAUGUAUGUUAAAACAACAGAAAUUAUUGCACUUGAACCUUCCCCCGUUUCUGUCUCCUGAUUGGCUAAGAACACAUCAUGUGUAGUACUUUAGUCGAGACCACUGAAGACCCACCAGUCAUCUCAAGACCUCCACUCUGAAUUCUGGUCCUAAUCUACUCAAAUGAACUUCAACAAAAGCAGCUGGCUAGCCAUUGUUCCUGCAGUUACUUGUGACUGGUGCCGUGUCCGGCCUUAUGAUGUCUUGACUACACCAAUAAUCAUAGGGUAUUUGUUGUAACUACAUUAUGCACUCUCUCAGAUACUUCAUUGGGGCAGCCUCAUCCUUGGAAGUAUGAUAUGCAGGGGUGUAGCCACGGGGAGGGGGCCUGGGGAGCUGUCGGGUGUGCACACGUGUGUGUUGUACUUGCUUUUUGGAUGCCCUGUGGUUCACAGACCUUUUUUUUCAGGAAUUGAAAAUACCCGCAUUUCAGAAGCUCUACCUUUUUUACGAAUGGGGUAGCGAGGAUUCUUUGAUGUUGGGAAAAAAUGGAAGGUCUUGUUUAGAAAAUAUUUCCAUCCUCCCACGUAAGACCUGGACACACCCCUGGGUUGACACAUGGCAGACAUAUACAUGAUCAGCCUUCCGCAUUGUACAUGUAAUGCCUCGAUUGUUGGUCAGUACUUACCUAGUUCUUCACUACAGUCAUUGUCCGUGUGUGCAACGGGAAUUGUUCCACGUGAAAACAAACAUGUUUGUUGAGGUUUGCAUUUUUUGAACAAGGUAAUUCAUGAGGAUUUUCUGCUUUGUUUUUAAAAGUACUUUCAUUCAAGUUUGCAAUAACUGAAAGUAACACAUUUGUGAAAGAGGCAUUGACAAUCUACGAGCUAUUCUUGCCUGAUUUUGUGCAACUAAGAGUUCUGAGAUUUUACAGUAGUAAGUUUCAGUUUGGUCACGUGCAUUUGUGAAAAUGUUUCAUUUUCUGAAAGUUGUAUUUGGAAAAAUAUAGUUGCAGUGCCAGAACAUUACAUUAUUCAUGCUUAAAGCAAUAAACAAAAAAUUUUAGUACUCAAUGUCAGUAAAAACAUAUGCAUACCCAGACAUUACUGGCUUACAAUAAAAUGAAUUAUAUGUUCAAGAAAAGAUGAUCAGAACAAUGCACCUGUUCAUGUGCAGUGUUGGCCCUAACGACUUGCUUUUUUAAUGUUUUAGAAUAUCCCACUUUGUUAUUGUUUUUAUAAGUCUGAAAGGUAUUUUUAAGGCAUAUUUUGUAACUUAAAAAAAAAAAGAAAGCUAUUCUUAAAUGUAUAUUCACUGAUCAUUGAUAUGAAGUUUUUAUGCAGUGCUUCACUUUAUGCAACAGGCAAGUCUAUUGAAAAAGUUAAGUCUUCUUAAGAGGAAAAAAUACCACAACAAAGAGGGCCAAAGUGGUAACAAUAUGGUGAAUGUGUUGUCACAUUUAUGUCACACAGGCUGAACGAUUUAAUGUUGAUAAAAUUGGUUUUAUAUGUGUGGACAAACUUCAAUACUAAGGGGAGAAAACAGGAUUUCAAAGGAACAAAUAAAAUUGAGGUGUGGCUA